AUGGUUCUCGCUGCUGUGGGCCAGAUCUGCUCAACGGCCUCGAUGAGCCACAACCUUGCACAAUGUCAGACACUUGUGCGAAAGGCUGUGAUGGCCGGUGCAAAGGCCCUCUUCCUCCCUGAAGCCUCCGACUACAUUGCUUCAUCCCCAUCCGAAUCCAUAGGCUUAUGUCAACAUGCGUCGAAAAGUCCAUUCGUCCACGGCUUACAAGAGGCCGCAAAGGACAAUUCUCUUGCGAUCAAUGUUGGAAUACACGAACCCACCGAUCCACCCUCUGAUAGAAUAAAGAAUACCCUGAUAUGGAUCAAUCAAAGGGGGGACAUCGUGCAUCGAUACCAGAAGCUUCAUGUAUUUGAUAUAGACCUGCGGCCCAAUGGACCCAAGUUGAAAGAGAGCGACUCUACGGAGCCUGGUCGUGAGAUUGUCCCACCCUACCAGACACCACUAGGCGACGUUGGCAGUCUGAUUUGCUUCGAUUUACGCUUUCCUGAGCCAGCUUUGAGGCUACGCCGGCUGGGCGCAGAAAUCAUUACAUAUCCCUCAGCCUUUACUGUUCCCACGGGCAAAUUGCACUGGGAGAUCUUACUACGAGCUCGGGCCAUUGAGACGCAAAGCUGGGUUAUUGCCGCUGCUCAAUGUGGUCGUCACAACGAGAAACGUGUUAGUUAUGGCGAUACCAUCGCAAUAUCGCCAAAUGGCGAGGUUACCGGCAGAUUGGAUCGUGUGCUUGAUAUUGAGACUGAGAAGGAAGGAUCCCGUCAACCCGACCUCCUCACUGUCGACAUUGACUUGCAAGCCUUACGAGACGUGAGGCGAAUGAUACCUCUCAUUCGGCGGACAGACGUAUACCCCGAGGUUUGA